AAUUGUAUUGGGAUAGUAGUUUAGUAAAAAAAUUGGUAUCUUAGGUGUUUAGAAUGAUCUUGCAACUUUUUGGAUAUGGGUGAUGAUUUUUUAGAUGAUAUUUUUUGAAGCUUUUGUUUGAGUAGGACGGAUCGAAACUGCAUUCUUUACUUUCCUAUGUAAUCAGAUAUUCUUUGAAGCGCAUAGUUAACCUGUUGUUCGCUUCUCGGGGUUUUAAUUUGCUUCUAGAGGUUCAAAACAAUUUUGGUGUUUGUAAAAGAGUGAGAAAUUUUAUUUCUUUGGCUUGUUUCAUUUCUUUUUGAGGGUAUUAAAGGAAUAGAGUUUGACACAAUACAAACAAUUGUGCUUAGGUUGAUGUCAAGUUGUAUGGUUCUUUAUUGUCAUGUUUUUCAAAAAGUUAUGGUGCUUAUAUGAGUUCAGGGUUAGCAUUUUUAUUCUUUUGUCAACUUAUGUUUUGGGUAUGUAUAAGAAAUUUUCGUUAAUUAUCUUUGCAAGCAGAUGGAAGUAUCAGAAGUAGUCAAUGUCCAUUCUAGAAGAUUAAAAUCUGUUGUGUGGAACGAUUUUGAUAGAGUUAAAAGAGGUGAUACAUUUGUGGCCAUCUGCCGACACUGUAAAAGAGUACUUAGUGGGUCAAGUACCAGUGGAACAUCACAUUUGAGAAAUCACUUGAUCAGGUGCCGUAGAAGAUCAAACCAUGAUAUAAGUCAAUUGCUAACAAGGGGAAAGAAAAAGGAAAGCACCCUUGGCCUGACCAAUGUUGGUUAUAAUCAAGAUCAAAGAAAUGAGAUAGUCACUGUUGCAAGUACUAAUUUUGAACAAGGGCAUGUAGAUGGAACAGUUUACACGGGCAGUUUCAGUUUUGAUCAUCGGCGUAGUCAACUGGAUCUUGCACGGAUGAUUAUGUUACAUGGGUAUCCUCUGAGUAUGGUUGAAGAUGUUGGGUUCAAGAUGUUUGUUAGAAAUCUUCAGCCCUUGUUUGACCUCGUGACUAUUGACAAAGUUGAGGCUGACUGUCUGGAGAUCUAUAAAAAAGAGAAACAGAAAGUGUACGAGGAGUUAGAUAAGUUGCCUGGAAAAGUCAGCCUUAGUGCUGAUAGAUGGGUCGCUAAUGGAGAUAUGCAAUACCUGUGUUUGAUAGCGUACUACAUUGAUGAUUCUUGGGCAUUAAAGAAGAAGAUUUUGAACUUUUUAAAGAUUGAUCCUUCUCAAGCUGAAGACUCACUUUCAGAAGUAAUCAUGGAUAGCCUUAGGGAUUGGGAUAUUGACCGGAAAUUGUUCUCAUUGACAAUCGAUAACCAUUCCUCCUAUGACAAGAUUGUCUGCAGAAUCAGAGACCAAUUAUGCCAGCACAGGUUUCUCAUGUGUGAAGGUCAAUUAUUUGAUGUACGCUGUGCAGCAAGCACUGUCAAGUUUUUGGUCCAAGAUGUACUGGAAACAUCUAGUGAGAUAACUCAUAAAAUUCGGGAAAGCAUACGGUAUGUUAAAAGUUCUCGAGAAACACAAGAAAAGUUCAAUGAGAUGGUUCAACUCGCUGGUAUUAAUGCUCAGGAAUGUUUACCCCUUGAUAAUCCAUUUCAACGGAACUCGACAUAUAUAAUGCUUGAAGCUGCAUUAGAGUAUAAAGAAGCCUUCCUCCUAUUCCAAGAACGUGACCCUAGCUACUCAAUGUGCCCAUUGAGUCUGGAUUGGGACAGAGUGCAAGCUAUUACUAGCAUCUUGAAGUUUUUUCAUGAAGUUUCUGAUGUCUUUGUGGAAAGCAAGCAUUCUACUGCAAAUAUGUAUUUCUCGGAGAUUUGUGAUAUUCAUUUGCAGUUGAUUGUAUGGUGCCGGAGGUCGGAUGAUUUCAUUAGCUCUUUGGCGUUGAAAUUGAAAUCUGAAUUUGAUGAAUAUUGGAAGAAGUGCAGCUUAAUCAUGGCUAUUGCAGCCAUCUUAGAUCCACGAUUCAAAAUGAAACUUGUGGAGUACUACUAUCCUCAAAUUUAUGGUGAUAAUGCUUCAGAUUGCAUAAAUAUUGUUUCAAAUUGUGUGAAAGCUCUUUACAAUGGGCAUGCGAUCUAUUCACCAUUAGCAUCUCAUGAACAAGCUUCUGAAAAUGGUGGUAGUGAUGUUAAGGAUAGAUUAGCUGGAUAUGACAAAUUCCUUGAUGAAACUUCAUUUAGCCAAAAUAUAAACUCGGACCUGGACAAGUAUUUGGAGGAACCUCUGUUUCCACGUGAUGUUGAUUUCAACAUAUUAAAUUGGUGGAAAGUUCAUGCACCAAAGUAUCCUGUCCUAUCUAUGAUGGUCCGCAAUAUACUGGGUAUUCCAAUUUCGAAAGUGGCAUUAGAGUCUCUAUUCGAUAAUGGACAUAGAACACUUAAUCAUCAUUGGAGCUCAUUGAAGUCUGAUACUUUGCAAGCUUUCAUGUGUUCUCAGGAUUGGAUAAGCCAUGAAUUAUGAGAUCCCAAAGCUUCCUCAGCUCCUACUUUUGCCUUGUAAUAUGAUGCAAAUUAGCAAGUUGCUGUUACUGAUUUCUGGUCCCAAUUGUUAUCAGCCUAUCACUAAGAAAUUCUGAAUAUAUUUGUCUCAUGAAUCUCAUUUAUAGUUUUAUCUUUUAUUUUUAUGUCAAGUUUUGUUAUAAAUUAUAUAAACAAACCUUUCCCAUAUUGCUAGAACAGUCAUAAUGAGGUUUCAUUUUGAUUUGA